AUGGGUUACGGUGAUAUUGAUCAACUGGCCAUCAACACCAUUCGAACUCUUGCUGUCGAUGCAACCUUCAAAGCGAACUCCGGUCAUCCCGGAGCUCCCAUGGGGAUGGCGCCGAUUGCUCAUGUCCUCUUCAAUAAAUGCAUGACCUUUAACCCCAAGAAUCCUAAUUGGGUGAAUCGAGAUCGAUUUGUCCUCUCGAACGGGCAUGGGUGUAUGCUUCAGUACGCCGUGCUGCAUUUGUGUGGCUACAAGAUUAGCAUGGACGACCUGAAAGCUUUCCGACAAGUUGACAGCAUCACACCUGGACAUCCGGAAUGCCACGACACCGAUGGCGUCGAAGUCACCACUGGCCCACUUGGGCAGGGGUUCGCCAAUGCAGUUGGUCUUGCCAUUGCUCAAGCCCACACUGGAGCUGUCUUCAAUAAACCAGGCUACGACCUUAUCAACAACUACACAUACUGUUUUUUUGGUGAUGGGUGCGCCAUGGAGGGCAUCGCAAGCGAAGCUGCCAGUACUGCUGGUCACUUGCAAUUGGGCAACCUGAUCAUGAUCUACGAUGAUAACCAUAUCUCUAUUGACGGUGAUACCAAGUGCGCAUUUACUGAAGACGUCCUCAAACGAUUUGAUGCAUACGGCUGGCAUACACAAUGGGUGGAGGAGGGCGAUACAGACCUCGAAGGCAUGGAAGCAGCUAUCAAGAAGGCACAAGAAGUCAAGGACAAGCCAUCCGUCAUUAAGCUCACAACCACCAUUGGGUUUGGCUCCAAGCUUCAGGGUACCGGGGGCGUUCACGGGAAUCCCUUGAAGGAGGACGACUGCAAGCAAGUCAAGCAGAAGUUUGGCUUUAACCCAGAAGAGUCCUUCGUUGUCCCCAAAGAGGUGUAUGAUGCAUACCACAAGCACGCUGCGGAAGGUGCUGCUGCCGAAGAAGAAUGGAAUCAGCUGUUCUCAAAAUACAAGGAAGAGCACAAAGACCUCGGUGCUGAUCUCCAACGACGCUUGGAUGGGAAAUUACCGGAAGGCUGGGAGAAGAAAUUGCCCGUCUACAAGCCUACAGAUGGUGCGCAAGCCUCUCGAAAGCUUUCCGAGAAGGUCCUGGAGGAGAUUCACGAGGCUGUUCCCGAGCUCUUGUCCGGCUCUGCUGAUCUGACGGGAAGCAACAAUACCAGAUGGAAGAACGCCAUCGACUUUCAACCACCGUCUCUUGGCAUCGGCGAAUGGUCAGGAAGAUAUCUGCGGUAUGGUGUGCGUGAACACGGCAUGGCAGGUAUCAUGAACGGUAUCGCGGCUUAUGGCACUCUCAUUCCAGCAGGCGGUACUUUCCUCAACUUCGUUUCCUAUGCUGCUGGUUCCGUCCGCCUCUCCGCGCUCUCACACGCUCGCGUCAUCUACAUCGCAACACAUGACUCAAUUGGGCUUGGUGAAGACGGUCCCACCCAUCAGCCGAUCGAGACCCUUGCCCACUUCCGUGCCCUGCCCAAUAUGAUGGUUUGGCGCCCGGCUGAUGGUAAUGAGACAUCUGCUGCGUACUAUAUGGCAAUAACGAGCAAACAAACUCCAUCCAUCAUCGCGCUCACACGUCAGAACCUUCCUCAAUUAGAAAAUUCAACAAUCGAAAAGGCCAUCAAAGGUGGUUACGUCGCCCUUGAGGCUGAAAAGGCCAACGUCACGCUUGUUUCGACUGGAUCCGAAGUCGGCCUUUGUGUUGAGGCGGCCAAGUACCUGAAAGAUAAACAUGAUGUAACGGCCCGUGUCGUGUCAAUGCCGUGCUUUGAGGUCUUUGAUGCUCAGCCAAAGGAAUAUAGGCUCCAAUGCUUGCCAGAUGGGAUUCCCUCUAUGAGUGUGGAGGUGAUGAGCACGCUUGGCUGGGAGAGAUACUCACAUGAGCAGUUUGGUCUGAAUAGAUUUGGUGCCUCAGGAGCUUACAAGGAUGUGUACAAGAAGUUCGAUUUCGUACCCGAAGGGGUAGCUAAGAGAGCAAUGGCCACUAUCGACUUCUACAAGGAUACCAAGGUUCGCAGUCCUAUCAACCGAGCGUUCACCCAGCUCAUCUGA